AUGCAAAGACAUAAAGGUGCACUAAUCAUACUUUAUGCGAGAACCUGCUUGUACACUGUUUUAGACGAAACAUGGCAAUCCUUUGUAAAAGAAAACUCUAAAGUUUUAAUAACCAUUUAUUACGCCGGGUGUCCAAACUGCGAAGUUAUUCGAAAAGAGUUGACUGAAUGUGCCAAAGCAGCAAGGGAGCAAAAUAUUGCUGUGAAAAUAGCUGUGGUAGACGGUGAACAGUAUGGUAGCACUAUUCACCGGUUAUGGACCAAAGACAUGGGAACUCCUACCAUAUUCUGGUAUGAAAAUGGAAUCAAACAGUUUGAGUAUAUUAAAUCUAGAGCAGCAGAAGAACUGAUAAAAUUCAUUAAAAACCCGAAAAAGCCACAAGAAAAGAAGUCUUAUCCUGACUGGUCAAUGCAAGAAUCCGCAGACGAUAUUUAUUUUCUUGAUGCUCGUGGUUUUGACUCAUUUGUAAAAGAUCAGGAACACAUGAUGGUUGUCUUCUUCUCACCAGGAUGCAAUGCUUGCUUCAAUAUUCGAUCACAAUAUGAAGAAGCAGCCACGAGAUUAGAUGACAUCAGGUCUGAUGUCACGAUGGCUGCAGUCAACUUUGCUAAAGCCAGAGAACUAUCAGCUCGUUUCAAUGUUGUGUCAUAUCCAUACUUUGCUUAUUUUAAAGAAGGGAGGUUUAAGUUUCAAUACAAAGGAAAACCUUUAGCUGAUGAUAUUGUCGAGUUUAUGAAGAAUCCUAAGCCACCAGCUGAACCAGAUAUCUCAGAAAACAUUCCAGCAGAACCAGAAAGUAACGUCACAUCUUUAACUGAGGAAACUUUCAAUAAAUUUAUGAAAACUCACUCAAAUGUGCUGGUCAUGUUUUCCACACCGUGGUGUGGACAUUGUCGUCACUUUAAACCAAAGUAUGAGAAAGCAGCAGAUGCAUUAAAGGCCGAUGGAUCCUUGGGAAAGCUAGCCAGUGUUAACGGGAACAAUGAAAAGAAUUUACUAAAGGAAUAUAAUGUAUAUGGAUUUCCUACGCUCUUGCAUUUCCAGAAUGGUGAAAAUAAGGACAAAUACAAAGGAGAAAGAACUAUGGAAUCUGUUGUAAGAUUUAUGAAAAAUGCCACAAAUGAAACAACAUUAUCAGAACACCCAAAACCUAAAACCACUGACAUAAUUAUGAAAACCAAACCCCAACAAGUGACUGCUUUGAACUCAACAACAUUUGAAAAGUUCAUUAAUUCUUCUGAACAAGUUUUUAUCAUGUUUUAUGCUCCAUGGUGUGGGGCAUGCAAGACAAGCAAAGAUGCAUUUUUCCAAGCUGCUAUUGAAGUGUAUGAGGAAUUGGAUUAUUUCAAACUUGCUGUGAUUAAUGCAGAUAAAUUGAGUUCACUGAUGAAGAAAUACAACCUAACAGGUUUUCCAUCCUUUCUCUUCUUUAAAGAUGGUCGGUUCAUCACAAAAUAUCGAGGAACGACGGACAAAAAAAGUUUUAUCGGAUUUUUAAAUGAUCCUCCUGAAGAGAAAGAGGAGACAGAGCAAAAACCAUCUUCAUCAUCAAGUCAACAGUGGAUUAGUGAAGUGGGGAAAGUGGAACAUCCAAAUAUUAACAACUUUGAACAAUUUGUUCGGAAAUACACUCAUGUGUUGGUCUUCUUCUAUAUUAAUGCUUGCGAGAUCUGCUUAAACCAGAUGAAACCGGAAUACACAAAAGCUGCUGAGAUUUUGAGAAAAGAGAGACCUGCAGUUCGACUUGCUGCUGUUAAUGGAGCUUGGGAAAGUAAAUUGAUGCAACAGUUUGGUGUGGAUGGUUUUCCUACCAUCCUGUACUUCAGUAAAGGAAAGAAGCAAUAUGUGUACAAAGGUGAUUGGAAAACUGGCAGUCUGGUAAAGUUCAUGAAAAAUCCUAAAGAAGAGCUUGCGAAGAAACAGAAGCCAACAUCAUGGCAAGAUAUAAAGGGGGUAAUGUUUGGGGGUGUUGUUCAUCUUGGAAAUAAAACUUUUGAUCAAUUUAUUGCUAAACAGAAACACGCUCUCAUUCUCUUCCAUUCACUCUACUUCUCACGUUGCAUCAUCGCACAAGAACAAUUCCGUAUUUCUGCGAUGACCUUUGCUCGUGAAACCAAUGUUGGGUUUGGAGCAGUGGAUUGUCAUAGACAACCUGAACAAGGAUUGGUUUGUUACCACCUGGAUGUAAAGAAAUUCCCGUCAUACAAAUAUUACUUGAAUGGAAAACUCUCUAAAGAUCUUGAGUUUGCCCGGACAGAGGAAAUAACUGACUUUAUGCUCGCCAAGAUUGAACAACAAAAAAGCAGGGAAGAACUUUGAACUGUGUUCUGUUAUAAAUUUUUCGCUUUGUUUUUAUGGACUUCUUCUUAAGCUGAGUAAGUCUGCUUUUAGUAGGCAGUAGAUAGAUAAUUAUUGUUGUUUUGAAAAUGUAUUCUUAGCCACACGUGUUUGAUUAUAAAAUUAGAUUACGAAAAACAUAGAUACAGUGAGAUGGAUGAUGCAUAUUGCAGUGACAGAAUUGGGCUGUUUACAAUUAAUUACGAUGCAGAUUAUAAACUUCACUAGAAUACAUUACU